UAACUCAAUUCCGAAUACGCGUGUUUUAUGUAAAUAGAGUUCCUCCAGCUGUUUGUCGAAAAUUUCAAAAUUUAUAUAUAUAAAAUAGGUAAACAAUCCAUUUAUAUUUGAAUAUUUUCGUUUGUGUUGCAUUUAUUUCAACUACCCGUCGAAAUGAGCGAGCUCCGUCAUAAACAGAAGGAGAAUUUCACAAGUUAUGUUAAAGAGACAUUCAAUGACGAUUUCUCAUCGGAUGCCUUCAAUCUUAAACUACUUACAGGUGAAAUUGAGGCGGCAAGAGUUAAUAAUGUCUGCAUGUAUACCGCAUACUGUAUGAAAGAUAACAAAUACAUCGACGAAAAAGAAGGCGUUCUCAUCAUAACAAAUUUUCGACUCUCAUUUUUAUGUGAUACUACUGAUAACGAAGAGUUUUCAGCUUAUCAGAAAAACACAUUUCUAGGCAAAUACGAUGUGUCUCUUUCGAACAUUGAUAAAAUAUAUCAGAUCACGGAAAAAAAGAAACGAGUAGUGAAUCCACAGGUGAAAAAUAGCAACAAAAUUGAAACCAUCAAAAUUGUUUGCAAGAAUUUCAGGAUAUUCACAUUUGGCUUUAGAAAUGCUGGCAUUGGUAAAGGAAAGUACGUCGCGGAUGCAUUGGUAAAGUUUGCAUUUCCAGCGAAGCAUAAUCUUCUCUUUCUCUACAACUAUAAAGAAAAAUAUUAUCAUUCAAGUCGAUCAAUAUGUAUGUUCAGCAAUAAAAGUGAUUGGAUGAAUGAGAUUAAGCGUUGCGGGGCGGAGACUGGAUGGAGAGUGUUUUCCAAGGAAAAGAUGGAAAUUGGCAGUGUGCUGCCUAUGCACUAUGUUAUACCAAAACAUCUGACUGAUAAGGAGUAUCUCCAGCUUUCUAAAAGUUUUAGAAACUGUAGUUCUGCUAUAUGGGUAUGGAGCAUACAAAAUGCGGCUUUAAUAAGGAUGGCUGAGCUGUGUCCGGACAUCGCUAAUUCUACGAUAGAGAACACCAUGUUGGAGCAUGUCCGUAGAUGCGAUCCAAUAAAACGACCACCACAUCUAAUGGAACUAUCGAAGCUUCUCCCCAAUAUCCAGGAAGUGAAUUUAAGUUACCUCAAGUUACGAAAACUGUGCAUAUUAGAAAAUGAUCGCGAAUUUAUGACACAGGAUUCACGAUUUUACUCGCUACUCGACAAAACAUACUGGCUUCUGUAUGUGUCGGUUUGUCUCAAACAAUCCGUCGAGGCUGCUAAAAUGUUGAAUAAUGGGUGCACCGUUGUAUUACAAGAGAUUAAUAAUCGUGAUAUGUGUAGUGUUAUUUCUAGCUUAGUUCAAAUUUUGCUGGAUGAUAGCUUUCGAACAAUCAACGGAUUCCAGACAAUAAUACAAAAAGAAUGGAUUAGUUUGGGUCACCCCUUCAGCGAUCGUCUAGGGCAUGUGUACCAUCCCAACUCAAAUGAAAGGAGUCCCCUAUUUUUGCUCUUUUUGGAUUGUGUAUGGCAACUGUUACAUCAAUUUCCAGAAGAAUUUGAAUUCUCCGAAACAUUUUUAACGAGCCUGUGGGAUUCCGUUUUUCUACCUAUUUUUGACACAUUCCAGUUCAAUUCAGAGACUGAACGGCAGAUGGCACAGUUAAAUGAUCGCAUAAUUCUAAGGCCCGUUUGGGACUGGGGAGAACAGUUCAGCGAUAAAGAUAUCUCGCUGUUCACAAAUCCGUUAUAUCGAAAAGCUCUUGAUGAUAAACGUAAUGUACACGAAAAAGUUCUCAGAUUACCCCCAACGGCAUAUCGGCUUCCUUGUAUUGGCGAUAUGAGGGAAAUUAAUGGUUUAACACGAAAUGAUGCUGGUGAAGCUGCUUCGCAGUCUACAGAUACAUGUCCGGAGGAAAAAAUAUGUUCACAGAACUUGUUUUUGAAGCCGCAAUACCGUAUGCGAGAUAUUGAGGUUUGGCAUCAGUGUUACUUCCGUUGGAUUCCUUUCCUAGAAAUAAAAAAUGGCGGUCAGCCCCAGAUUGACUUAGUGAACAGAUCGGUUUUAAAUAACAUACACAAACUCCAAAGAGUUCUUCUAUCCGGUAGCAUUUCAACUUCAUGUGAAAAUAUGUUAUUUGGAAGCACCAACGACACCUAUGGUACUGAAAGUCAUGAAAACGACGAAAAUAAGAUGCCGAUAGUUAACUCAUUUUUCCCAUUCACAUCCAAUCUGUCUAAUACGGAAGAACUGUUAGAAAUAAUUAUAACGAACGACGACUUUUUAAAUGAUGGUUCGAUUCUUGAUUCUGCUUCCUUGAAUUACUAAAUAAUUUAAGCUUGAAUGCGUUAUAAAGAUCACAGUUUGAUCUGUUCUAAUAUAUGACAUAGGACGCACGUUUGUUCAAAGUGUUACGCGUACAUUUUUUAUGAAUAUAAGUUCAACUAUCGCGAAUUGUUAAAA